AUGGAAGUUGAUAGUGUUAAUCUGCCUUGGAUUGAGAAGUACAGACCUGAUAGCUUGAAACAGAUCGUAUCUCAUGGGGAAAUCAUCAAGACAUUAACUAAGUUCAUCGAGGAGAAUAAGUUCCCUCAUCUUCUCUUCUAUGGACCUCCUGGAACAGGAAAAACCACCGCAAUUUUGGCUGCUGCAAACCAGUUGUUCACAAAAAAACAGAAAGCUUCUAUGGUCCUUGAACUCAAUGCUUCUGAUGACAGAGGAAUCAACGUUGUCAGAGAGAACAUUAUCAGCUUCGCUCAAACUAAAUCACUCCACACCGAUGCUUCGGCAACCAAAGGUCUUUUCAAACUUGUAAUCCUGGACGAGGCUGAUGCCAUGACCAAGGAUGCUCAAAAUGCUUUGAGAAGAGUUAUCGAGAAGUAUACGGAGAACGUUCGUUUCUGUAUUAUUUGUAAUUACCUCUCUUCCAUCAUUCCUCCCAUUCAGUCCAGAUGUACUCGUUUCCGUUUUGCUCCGUUGGAACUUACUCAGAUUAUUCCUAGAUUAGAUCAUGUGAUUGAAAAUGAAAAGCUUGAAGUUACUGAGGAUGGAAAGAAAGCUUUGCUUUCUUUAUCCGGCGGAGACAUGCGUCGUGUUCUCAAUGUUCUACAGUCUGUAUCUAUGGCUUUUGACAAUAUUAAUGAGGAUGCUGUAUACUCGUGUGUUGGUCAGCCAACACCGAAGCAGUUGGAUAAGAUACUGCAAACUCUAUGGAACGAUAGCUUCAGCGCUUGUUAUAAGACUUUAACCCAGUUGUGCGUCUCUAGCGGAUUUGCUUUGACUGACAUCGUUACUCGUCUCCACCUGAAAGUUUGUGAAUUAGAUCUUCCUCAGCAAGUCUUAAUCCAUAUAGUCUCGGCGUUGGGAGAUAGUGAAGAGAAACUAUCAGAAGGAUGCUCCGAGAAAGUUCAAAUUGCUGGACUUGUUGCCAUUUUCACUCAGGCUAGACAACUCCUUGACGAUGCAGCUGUGAAGAAUUGA